AUGUCGCGGUACUGGCACGUCAAGGAACACAAUAGUGAAUUCCAGAAUGCUCUACUCGCCGCUAGAUGUCAGGGCACGUAUAUAAACGCAGGUAACUCGGCGGCUGUCAGUGAAUUUGAAUCAAGCAUUCGCAUUAAACGCAUCGAAGAAGCGCUCAGACAUUUUACGCACUGCAUACACGUAAAAAUGAAGUCUUUCACAUAUUUCCUAAGUAUCGCAAUCUUACUUUUCGGCGGAGCAAGAUACUUCGCUACAGCUGAAGAAAAAUGCCCUCAACCACAACCUAAACGGGGCAACAGGCUGUUUGACCAAGCAUUCGGCCUGGCGCUGACACCAGACGACUUCCUAACAUCGAUGAUGUCGCCAUGGACUCUGCACGACUACUUCCGACCCUGGAGGCACCUGACACAGCUGACUAAGGACCUCGGCUCCACCAUCAAGACCGACAAAGAUAAGUUCCAGGUAAACUUGGACGUGCAGCACUUUUCUCCAGAAGAAAUAUCAGUGAAGACUGCUGAUGGCUACGUGGUGAUUGAAGCUAAACAUGAGGAGAAGGAAGAUGAACAUGGGUACGUGUCUCGUCAGUUUGUGAGGAGAUACGCUUUACCUGAAGGUACGAAGUCUGAGGAGGUGAUUUCUGAACUAUCUAGUGAUGGUAUCCUGACGGUUUCUGCUCCUCGUAAAGUGGAGCCUGUGAAGGGUGAACGAGUGGUUCCUAUCACUCAGACUGGACCUGUGCGAAGGGAGGCGAAGGAAUCUAAUGAAGGCAAGGAAGACGUGCAAGGGUCUUGCCAGGCUGACCAACAGUCCUGCUCCAAGGCCUAA